AUGGUCUUUCACGAAAUGCAGACAGAUCCUGUUCUUGAAAUCAAAGACUUGUCUAUAUCAAGGGCUACUCAUACGGAUAUUCCAGUCAUUCAAGCCAUAGUCAACAGGGCGUAUGCCAAGUAUAUCGACCGCAUUGGUAGACCACCAGCCCCUAUGACAGCCAAUUACACCGAGCUGCUCACUGCUCACAAUGUAUUUGUCUUGAAGCUUACUUCGACUAACGAUAUCGUGGGCUCCAUUAUCUUAAGCCAGGACGCCGGCGCCAAUUCAAUCAAAAUCAAUAACUUAGUAGUCGAUACAGUAGCGCAGGGCCGUGGCUACGGAGGUCUGCUUAUGCGUUAUGCUGAAGCUUUCGCAGAAGCGAAGGGCAGAACAUCGCUGACGCUUUUUACAAAUGUCAAAAUGUAUGAGAAUGUGGCACUCUACCAAAAAAUGGGCUUUGUCGAGACGGAGAGGAAGACUGAAAACGGGUAUGAGCGGGUAUACUUUCGUAAAGACUUGUGA